AUGGAAAGUUGCACAAGAGGAGAAAGCAAACAUAUGCAUUUCCUGAGUAAUGUCAAUUCAAAAAAAAAAUUAAAUAUUGUAGAAAAAAAACAUAUACUAGAAAAAGUGCACAUAUUGCCCAUAAAAAAAAAAGUCGACAACGCAGAUGCUCUUUAUAGGAAACUGCAGUUGUUGAUAAAUGACAAAUGCGUCCUAUAUGAGGGGUUCAUAAUUGCAGCAAAUGGAGAACAGGAAAGGAUAACCAGGGAGAAGAACACAUGGAAAAAUCUAAAGGAAGGGGAAACCCCAAAGGAGCAAGAUCUAACAAAUGACAAGGCGGAUCCCAGUAAAAAUGAAAGCAACACAACAGGAAAAAAGAUUCUCGAAAAAUUGAAUAGUGAUCAAGAGGGACCUUGCCCAAAUGAGGACUCAUUGGAAAUUGCACAUAGGAAGGAAUCGCACAGUCACACACAAAAAAAAAAUUCGAACGAAAAGGAAUGUAAAAAUACACCCAAUAAUAACCACAUUUGCGUACAUGAAAAAUGCAACAAGGACAAUGUAGCAAACGAAAUUUCCCCUUUAAAGGAAUGUACAGACUACUACGUUGUUGUGAAUUGCAUACCUUCCAAGGGAAUCCUCACUCUGGACACCCUAAUUUACACGGAUGGAAAAUACGUGGACAAUUUAAAAAAAAUUCAUCUCAUAAUAAUACGAGAUAAAUACUAUAAAAAAUAUGAAAAAAAAUUGAAAAAAAAAUUUUUUUCUUUAAAAAAAUAUAUACUUAAAAAAGGCAAUCAAAUUUUUAAUGAAGCCAUGUCACUCAUUCCGUUUUCCUUUGACCACCUUUCGAGUAAGUCCAGUGCAGAAAAGGGGAAGAGCAAUAGGACCCUCGGAGCAAAGAAAGGCGACACAAGCACGCCCCACCCUACCACCAUGAAGAAAACAAGUCUCGUGCUGGAAAAAAUACUUGUUACCUGUCUGCACCCCUAUUUCAUGAAAAACAGGACUAAGCUAUUCUACACUGGCAAGCUCCUCAUUAUAAAUAAUUUCUCUUUCCUGGUGGUGAAGAUAGAUGCGGACGUGAAUGUGGGCUUCGUGGAUAACUCUACGGAGAUUUGCCUGAACGCAGACACGUACGACCCGUUUAAGAAUGUACACAUAGUGCCCCUGUACGACACACUACCGACGACCUACAAUUAUGACAUUUUCACAGACUACAUUAAGCCGUACAUAGAAAGGCAUUACUUAAGUUUGUUUUCCAUACACGAUACUUUUUUUUAUAAAGGGGUGCAAUUUAAAAUUAUGGGUAUCGACCCCAUGAACAUAAAAUCAGGAAGAGGAAGAAUUACCUGCAACACAUUUAUAUACACCGAUGGGGCCAUCAAACCAACUUUCUUUGAUGUUAUUUCAAAUGAGUCCAUAAAUUAUAUUCAAUGCUUACCAGUAGAAUACAAACCAUAUGCCGUUUUGAAUAUACUGCAACAGUUAGAUGCAGACUCUUUGUUAAGGCUCUUCCCAUCAACUAACGCCAACUUGCAAGAGAGUGCCCUCAACGAACAGCGAAUUUUAAGCCAUUUGGAUAAGUAUAAGUAUGUAUAUAAGAACCACACACGGGAGGAUGGUCAGGGUGGCAAGAUGCUGCUAGACGUAGAUGCGGAUGAACACAUAGAUGUAAAAAAUAAAAGUGCCAACUUUGCAUAUGAACAGUGUGCCGUUUGCUUCGAAUAUUUUCAAAACUACGACAAGUGCAUCAAGUUGGCUUGUCUUCACACCUACCACUGGAAGUGCGUCAAGAGCUGGUUUAAGUUUAACCUCACUUGUCCCUGUUGCCGCCGCGAAUUGAUCAUUUAG